AUGGCGGCGGCGGUGGGGAGAGGGAGCGUGAGGGGGCGGUGGCGAAAUUGGAAGAGGGCGUGGCGUGGCGUGGCGUGGCGCGAACGCUCCCCGGGCGGCUGCGCGGCCGGAGGUGACGGGGGUGGGGGCAAGUCCGUGGCGUGGGCGCGGGCGACGGCGACGGGGCCGCUGGCGGAGGCGGAGUCUGAGACGGAGUCUUGGGGCGGCGGCGGCGGCCGGAGGCGAGGCUGGAGUCCCACAGGGCGCCGCCGCCGGCCCGAGCGGAAGCCUUUGCCGUGCCGGGGAUACGUCGCGUCGCCGGCGCGCCGAUCCCAACCUCCGCUGGCUUCACAGCUCUGCGCUCUCGCCGCCGCGUCGUGCGACUAGGGUGCUUUUUCUGUUGUACGAAGAUGUGUACAAAAAUCCACGGGGCUGGAAUUUGCAGCCAAGAUCAUCAACACGAAGAAGCUCUCAGCCAGAGCCGCCCAAUAUAAGCAUCAGCGCUUCCCGCCUCGCGACCACGGCCACCGCCACCGCCACCGCCACCGGCCACCGCCCACCGCCACCGCCACCGCCCGCCGCGGCUGUCUGCGCCUCCUUCUCCCGCCCUUCACGUUUACCUCCGCCAUCGCUUCUUCUAAUGUCUCCACAUCUGGCACCGCCUUCCGCCUCUGUCUCCGGACUCUGACGAUGACUCCGCCGUUGCUCCGUCUAUCCUCUGACUCCACUGCCCUUACGCCUCUACCACCACCGCCUUCAGCUCUCUACCACCACCGCGUCCACCUUUCUACCACCUCCGCCGUCACCUUUCCACCACACCGCCUCCACCUCUUACCACCACCGUCCUCCACUUUCUACACACGCCGCCACCUCUCUCCAGCGCACCGGCCUCCAGACCGUCUUCUACCACCACAUCGCUGCCGCUUCGGUCUUCGCCUGUGGCCACGCCUUUUCCACCGCCUUCCGCCACUACGCUCCUCGGCCGCCCCACCGGCGACGCCCGGCCCCCACCACCACCGCCGCACCACCACCACACCACCACACCGCCACCCACCGCCACCACCACCACCGCCGCCACCGCCACCACCGCCAGCCGCCACCACCACCACCGCCUCCCCCGCCGCCUCGGCCUCUGCCAGCGCGAGGCCGCGCCCUCUGUUGUGCGCGCCGCUGGCCCUGCACUGCCCGCUCCCGCGGCUGCACUGGGGCCGGCGCCCGACUGAACAUGUGAAAAUAACAGUGCGCGUUGCCGAAAUGCUCGCAGUGCCUAAAGCGGGAUGGCCAACCGCGAAUGGGCUGAAGGAACCGCGAAUUCUGGGAAACGGGUAA